AAAGGCAUGUCAGUGUGCUAUUAAGAUUCCCUCCUUUUUCAUUUUGAUGCUCAUAUAUCCUCCGCUUGCAAUGCGGGAAUGAUGUCUGCUACCCUGAGACUUAUGAGAAGAAUGUUGACACCAAGGAUAACUUUAGCAGCUUUUGUGCUCCUUAUCCCAGCACCUCAGUAUUCAACAGCAACAGAAAAUGAUUCCCAAUUUUCACUCAUUAACAAAGCCACUGGAUUUUGCUUGAUGAAAAGAUCUAUCCGCUGCCUUGAAAUGCGUUGGACAUCCAAGAACCGCAUUUUUGUUGUCUUGACCAAAAAGUGCCUUGGAGCGCAGGGCAAGACGGUGGGCAGUGAAGUGAACCAAUAUGACUGUGAUGAAAAAAGCGACCUCCAGAAGUGGGAAUGCAGGAACGGAACGCUGCUCGCCCUCAAAGGCCAACAGCUCUACAUUGAACUCAAAGCUGAUGAGUCGAUCGCUCUCUCCAAAACUGUUGGGCCAAAUAACCACCUCACAAUCACAGGAACAUCCAGUGGUGCCUGUACAAGAACACACAGAGAGCUUUACACCAUCGGUGGAAAUGCAUUUGGUAGGACCUGCAUGUUUCCCUUCAUGUACAAAGACCGCUGGUUUGGAGACUGCACUCUAUUUGACGCCUCAUCAAAGCGCAGCUGGUGUGCAGUUGAAACCAAAUAUGAGCAUGAGCUGUGGGGAUACUGCCCAACUUCUUCCACAGACCACUGGACCAAAAACUUUGCAACUGGAGCCUAUUACCAGGUGAACAUGCAAUCGGCCUUGACUUGGACACAAGCUGACAUCAGCUGCAAACAGCAGGCCGCCACCUUAGUCAGCAUCACCGAUCCACACGAGCAGGCUUUUAUCUCAGCACUUGUGGGCUCAAGCAAAACCAAACUUUGGAUUGGGCUAGUUUUGGACCCAGAACAUGGCUGGCAGUGGACUGAUUGGAAACCUUUCCGCUACCUAAACUGGGCAGCAUCUAACCCCCUUCCAAAUCCAGGACACAACUGUGCACUUCUUGACACUGCUUACCAGCACUCAUGGCAGAGUUCAUCUUGUGUCAAGAAACUGGGCUACAUCUGCUACAAAGGCGGCACUCAACCAGCUCCCUCACAGACUGAACAAGGAUUUUGCUCAGAUCCAUGGAUUCCUUACAAUGGCCACUGUUUCCACCUUCAGCGCUCUCCUCAGACAUGGCCCAACGCUCUGACUGAGUGUCGCAAAGAGGGAGGGGACCUUGCCAGCAUCCGUAAUAUUGAGGACCAGAGCUUUGUCAUCAGUCAGCUGGGAUAUGCAUCCACUGAUGAGCUGUGGAUUGGACUGAAUGACAGGAGGACAGAGAGGUUGUUUGACUGGAGUGACAGCUCAACUGUAAGCUUCACCAGCUGGGAGUUUGGAAAACCAUCUGUCUCUUCAGACGGAGAAGACUGUGUUCUCAUUAGAGAGGAGAAGGGGAACUGGGCAGAUCGUCUGUGUGAUGAGAAACAUGGAUUUAUUUGUAUGAAGCAAAGUGCCACUGAAAGAACUAAAGAUGAAGUAGAGCUGGAUGUUGGCUGCAAAGCUGGUUGGAGAAAACAUGGUUCCUAUUGCUAUUUUGUAGGAACUGAGACAAAGACUUUUGAUGAGGCUAAAGAGGACUGCAAGACGUCAGAGUCCUACCUAGCUGACGUAACUAAUGGGGUGGAUAACGCCUUUCUCGUGAGCCUGGUGGGACUGAGACCAGAGAAACACUUCUGGCUCGGGUUGUCAAAUAUGAAUAACAUUGAUGUUUUUUCAUGGACCAAUGCAGAAUAUGUGAGAUUUACUCACUGGAAUGCUGGAAUGCCAGGCUACGGACAAGGCUGCGUUGCCAUGGCCACUGGGGUUUCAGCUGGACUCUGGGAUCUGCUGCCAUGCACCAAUCAGGAGAAAUACAUCUGCAAACACCUGGCAGAGGGGGCAGUUUCCACAGUACCACCACCAACCCAAACUCCUCCCCAGUGUGCAGCGGGUUGGACUCGAGUAGGAACAAGAAAUAUCUGCACUAAGUUUUUCACAGGGCCUCGCUCAAGUGAAAAGACCUGGUUUGAAGCCAGAGAUUACUGCAGAGCCAUAGGAGGAGAUUUGUUGAGUAUGCAUGGUGCAUCUGACCUGAAUGUGGGACGGAUAUACCGGAGUACCCUGAGACAAUCCACACUUCGAACCUCCCUCCUGCGAAGAUUCAAUCCAGUGACCUUCUUGCUAAGAGCGGGAAAAGCUUGGAUAGGACUUCAUGUCCCUGAAUCAAACGUUGGCUAUGCAUGGAGUGAUGGAAGCCCGUUUAACUACCAGCACUGGCAGGACGGAGAACCGAACAAUUUCAAUAAUGCUGAAUCUUGUGUUGAGUUUGUGAUACACGACUGGGACGAGGAAGGCUCUUGGAACGACCUGAACUGUGAAAGUUACAAUGACUGGCUGUGUCAAAUCCGAGCAGGAGUAACUCCAAAGCCACCUCCUAAUGAUACAGCAGCCGACUAUAAUGUUACUGCAGAUGGUUGGAUUGUGUGGAAUGGAAAACAGUAUUUUAUCAACAGAAUGUCAAAGUCCAUGGAAGAAGCUCGUCACUUCUGCCAGCAGAGGCACAGCGACUUAGCAUCAAUCAGCAGUAAAGAUGAAAGCAUCUUCUUGUGGAAACAGGUAUCCAGAAGCUAUGGGGGAUAUUAUAUAGGUUUGUCUGUGGAUCUUGAUGGAUCAUUUUGGUGGAUGGAUGGCACUCCUGUAUCGUUUCAAAGGUGGGAUGAGAAUCAGCCUAAUUCUGAGGUCUAUGAUGAGAACUGUGUUUCUAUGACUUAUCACAUGGGUUUUUGGCGUACAUCUAAUUGCGGAAAAGAGCUUCAAUCUAUUUGUAAACGAACCCUCUCGCCACCAGUCAAUGCCACCGCAGCCCCAACAGCUCCUCCUCGUGGAGGCUGUUCAUCACCAUGGAUUAAAUUUGGCACAAAGUGUUACAACAUCAUUACUGAACGUAAGACCACUUGGGAAGAAGCGCGGAAAAAUUGCAUAGGGAUGCAAGGCCAUUUAGCCUCCAUUCUCAACAGACAAGUUCAAGCAUUUCUGAUUACAAAAGUGGCCGAAUUAUCAGUUACAGAGCUGUGGAUAGGUUUGAGCAGUUUGAAACAAGAUGGAUUUUACUGGGCUGAUGGAAAAUCCAGGCAAUAUACCAACUGGGGUUAUUCUAAAAGCCAGCGUCGUCCUGGGUCAUUUUAUCAAAGAUGGAAUGAGGAUGAGUGUGUGCUGAUGACCAGCAGUUCAGUUUAUGGGAUGGGUAAAUGGAUAAUUAAGUCUUGCAAUGACACCAGUGGGUUUAUCUGUCAGAAAAAUCUUGACACAUCUAUCCAGGACCAACCGGAACCAAUAGACCCCAACAUCUACAAAAGUCUGGGAAAUGACAGCAUCAAAGCUGUGACUCAAAAUCUAACCUGGGAUGAUGCUAAAAGACAUUGUGAACAGGAUCAGGCAAAACUGGCAAAUCUACGAAAUGAAUGGACGCAUGCUUAUGUUGAGCUGCUUGCUUUGAAUCUUAAAGCGCCUCUGUGGAUUGGACUUAACAAAAAUCAGACUAAUGGCAUUUUUAGGUAUAUUGAUGGUUGGCACUUGAACUCGGCCAACUGGGCUGGAAAUGAACCAAAUAGAGAAAGACCUUGUGUGUACAUAGAUUUGGAGGGAAAAUGGAGGACUGCUUUCUGCAACCAGACCAUGAACAGCGUUUGCAUGCGGUCAGCAGAUAUGCCACCAACAGAAUCCACCACAUUUCCUGGAGGCUGUCCAGAAGAUACUGAUGUGGAGUACCAGCAGAGUUACACAUGGCUGCCAUUUAAGGGUUACUGCUAUUUGUUUAUCACAGAUGAAAUUGAAUGGGCAGAUGCUGGAAGCAGCUGUGUACGGCACGGCGGAAUCCUGGCAAGUAUAGAAGAACCAUCUGAGCAACAAUUCAUCAAAAGCAAUAUAGAAGUAUUCCAAGAUAGCCACAGAUCUUUCUGGAUUGGCUUUUUUAAAACAUACAAAGGGACAUGGUUGUGGUUAGAUAAGACAGUAGUGGACUACACUAACUGGGCUGCAGAUGAGCCUGAUUCUGACUAUGGAGCCGUCAGAACCUCAGAUGGGACUUGGACUUCAGGUCGCAGAUGGCAUGACAGACCAUAUAUUUGUAAAACACCCAAAGUGACGAUCACAGAUCAAAAAUCAAAGCCUGAACCUCAGGUAGAUCCGGAGAAUCGCAGUCGUGUCCACACAAGUUUGAUAGUUGUGCUGCUCAUCGCAAUAACUUCCACGCUGAUUGUCGUUGCAUUCUUCCUCUACAAGAGGUCUCCUCUUCCUCUCCCCACCUUUGAAAAUCCACUCUACUUCAACAGCGAACAAUCUCCACCCGAUGUAGUUGACACCAACAAACUGAUUGAGAAUGCAGAAAACCCUGAGCCUAUACUAACUCUGUGAUUUAUGAAGUUGCAAAAACUAGUGGGAGAUGAAAUUUACUACACUCAUGUACUAUACUCUGAUGCUUCAGUGCUUUUGUUUGUUUUUUGUUUUUUACUACAUACAGUAUAUAUUCUGUUAUUUAACAGCAUAUCACUAAGUUUGAGUUUCAGCGACGUUGGAAAUGUCUAACCUCACGGAACAGCACAAUUUAGGCUCUAGGAUGUCUCAGUAGGAAUCAUUAGCAUGGGAUUUGUCUUUAUACCUACAAUUGAAUGUAAAUAAUUGUUAAAUGUGGUGCUCAUACCCUUGAUGCUGGUCAUUGCUUGUACUCUUGAGACGUGUAAAAAGAUCACUGCUUAUCACUGUUGAAUAAACAUUAAACUUGGCACAAAG